GUGGUAUCUAUCCCGGUGUCUUCGGCACGCGCGUGCCGAAUCCGCGUCAGUCUGUGCGCUCUCUCGGCCUCGACGACCGUGCGAAUUCUUCUCGCGUAGCGACGACGGUUCGAUCAAAGCGAGCCUAGUUGAAUCACGUUGCGAAAGAAAGUCUCUAGUCUCUUGAUGCGCGAUCCAAAGGGAGAUAUCGAAGAGAGAGAUACAGGUACAAAAGGUACAAAAUGGUAAGGUAAAAGCUUUUUGUUAAGUGCGAUAAAAUAACGGAGGUAAAAUCGAAGAUCACGGAGAAAUAAUCGAAGAUCACGAGUGAGGAAGCAACGUGGUACGUGGAGUGAGGAUAAUUUGUGAAGUCAAACGAAGGAGAAAUACGGGUGAGACGUUCGGAGCGAUCAAGAUCGAAAAAUCGCCGUCGCCAACUAGGUUAAGCAAAAAUUUCGCCACAUCUACCGUGUGUCGAUUGCAAGCCGCUGUUCCAGUGUGUCCGCGUGUGCGUAACGGCCCGCCACACACGUGUAUGUACGAGCGCGCACCAGCCUUCGCGCGCAUACAUACACCCUCACACAUACGCGCCGUUCGUUCGGCGGCCAAUGUAGACGAGGAGGGAGGAGGAGAGGAACAAAAAGAGGAGAGGUGGUCUAUCGUCGGAGCGAGGAGCGUAGCACGAAUGAGAGAAGGGAGGAAUGGAAAGAGUGGAGGCUCUUAGACGCGGCACAAGAGGGGCAUCACGGACCGCGGGUAGACGAGGGGAGUGAGAGGGACUCCGUGACAACUGGGUGACGGCUGCGUGGAUACACGCCACUCGUGAUGCAAGGUGCUUUCCUACGCGAUAAGUGGUGACGUCGGCAGAAGUGCGAGAGCGAGAAUUUCGAGACGACUUGCGCUACCGCGAGCGAGACGCGCGCGCGAGCGCACGCGCGUUUUCCCUCUCGCGGAGGAGAGCUGCAAAUAGAGCGCCGGCUAGAGCGGUCCUGAAAAGAGAGGAAGGGGCGAUAGCGCGGAGAAAUUCAGAAAUUGCAGACGGUUUCGAGGGGAGGAGACGGUGCUUAAGAAGACGAUGAUACCGCGAUUUCUUUUUUAUCGCGAUUUGAAUUUUUGAAAUCUGAGAUUUUUUUUCGAAUAGCUAUAUAUAUUUCUCAACGAUCGUGUGAUUAAAUUUUGAGUGAUUUGAAUUCUUUGUCACGGUGCUUCACGAGUGAUUUCAAUUUCGAUUUCGAAUCUUUGAGACGUUGGGAAAAAUUGAAAAUCUGUGAAAUGAAGAUAUUGCACUUUGAAAGAAUCAUAAAUAUUGAAACGAUCGGAUCACUUGGGAUUUAUGUUGAAUAGUAUUUUGCAGGCGAGUUACAUUUGCGAGUGCGGAGUGUCAAGUGACUGAAGCGGAGCUUUCUCGAAUGCGUGCGGAAUUGGUCGCAAAAAUAGGCGGAAAUCUUCAACAACACGAGUAUCAACACGAGUGUUUGGUUUGUCGAUCGAACUGCUGACAAGAAUUUUCGAAUGAGUUCCGCCUGGAAAGUCCGCGUCGGCGAAUAUUGAUUCUAUGCUCAGAUUACGAUUCUCGCGCAGGAAAUUACGAAUCCUCGAGGCAGCUAUGAGAUCGAUCGUCGAAAAACAUCGCAGUCUCGAAGAGUCAUCGAGAUCGCUGUACGUUCCGUCGAAUCGGACUACGCGCUCAAUGCUAAAGAAACGUUUGUACGAUCGUGAUGUCAGGAGUGUUAGUGUCUGCGAGUGAAUAAAAGCGAAAGGCGAGAAAAAUCUUCGAUGAUGGAGAAACGAAAUGCGCGGUCUGGCCCGUGUGAAUUGCAAGACCCGUUGUGGGUCAAAAUGAGUGCGAUUACUGGUGGCAUUACCAAGAAAAGAAAGAAAUCAGAUGCGAAGCCUCAGUCGCAGAUUAAUAAGUGCCUUAACGAAAAAAGACGACGGACCCAAGAGAACUUGUAUAUCGAUGAGCUUGCCGAGCUGAUUUCCGCCACGGACAUGAGCUCUGGCAAGACUGACAAAUGCCAGAUCCUUCAGAGAACCGUCGAUCAGAUUCGGCACUUUAGGCAACAAGAAGGCUCCAAUAGUCAUGCCGUACAACAGGGGGAAGUGUCCUCGUCAAAUCCUAAUAUACUGUCCAACGAUCAAGUUGGCCCUAUCUUACUCGAGGCGCUAGACGGCUUUCUGUUCGUUGUAAAUACAGAAGGCCGCGUGGAGUACGUAACGGAUAACAUAGCGCAGUACAUAAACUAUACGAAAGAUGAUGUACUCGGAAAGGAUAUUUACAACAUUAUUCAUCAUGGAGAUCACAACACCUUCCUGCCUAAUUUGUUUCCUAUGUCGUUAGGCUGGACUAGCGAGCCGCAGCUUCAGACCAAGAAUCGCACUUUCAAUUGUCGCUUCUUGGUAAAGCCUCCCGAUGAUAAGAACGAGACUAUGGAAGAGAAGCAACAGCGAGUAUCGAAAUACGAGUCUAUGCAAAUCUGUUCUGCUCUUCUGCCCAGUAACGCCGAUCGUCUAGAAAGCGGUGAUGUAUCUUCUGAGUCGUCAGACAAUGGCCCUUCCGCGAUGUGUGUAGCGCGUAGAAUACCGCCGAACGAGAAGCCCAUUGGUACUCCCGUUGAGCAAUUCACCGUCAAAUUGGAUACCACCUGGAAGAUUAUCGCGGUCGACGUCAGUUGGUUAUCCCCCGCUUACUCCAAGUACCUAAGCAAGGACCUGAUAGGCACAACAAUUAAAGAUUUGUGCCACCCUCAUGAUCUCACUACGCUCACGAAGCAUUUGAGCGAUACGAUCCAAGUCGGAGAAAGUACGAGCGAUGUAUACCGACUGCGCGUUAGUCCUGAUAAGUUCCUUAAGAUUCAAACAAAGUCAAAAUUUUUCAAAGCGAAUGUGAUGAAUACGCAAGAUAGCGAUUUCAUGAUGGCAACCAAUUCCAUCAUCGGGGACAAUGACUUAAUGCCUAUCGAGGGUGGUCAGCUUUCCAACAACAAAGUGUGCUCAGGACACCCUAGCAACCGUUGUGCGAAUAAUAGUAAUAAUAAUAACGGUAACAAUAACAAUAAUGUGGGUGGCCCGCUAAUGUCCGUCGCGCAUCUGAACGGUCAAGUGAGUAGUAUCAGUGCCCGCGGUAUGACGACAGCCGCCACGUCGUCGAACUCGAUCGUCUUUAGCACGGGGACAACUGGCGGCGGCGGCGGUGGCGGUGGUGGUAGCAGUGAUACGUGCAACCCCCUAACGUCACUGAGCUCGUCGGUCGGCAAUCCGUUCAACCACUUUUCGGAAAAUAUGGACCUGGAAUUCGAACUCUUUCCCAGUUCCACAUGGGACUUGGACGGUAGCGCCGGAUGGGCAGGUAGACCGGAGUCGAGAACGAGCGGGCCACCGAAUUCACGACCGCCUUCCCAGCCAGCUCCGACAUCGCCGAGUUCGCAGGGAACCUUCUCUAACGCGGUGGUAGCUCCUCACUGCAGUCCCCUACGCUCGUUCAGCCCGACGACGGUCAGCGCGGCUCACACCUUCAGUAAUUCGUUCCCCUUCAGUCCGCUUCAGGAGACCACGCAGACGUCCACGUUGAGCAAUAAUGCCAUCAGUAUCAACACCAACGGUGGUGGUAGUAGCAGCGGGGUCGGCGGUGGCAUUGGUAGUGUCGGCGGUGGCACCGCUACGACGACCAUGAAACGAACGGAAGAGAGCAACAAGAGUGGAUGUCCUACUAGCAAUAGUGGCGGCGGUGUUGUCAUGGACAAUACGACCACGAGGACCAGCAGCACUGCCGUCACUGCCGUCGAGACUCAGAAUAACAGUGUUAUGUCCACCGAAUCCGGUAGACUAAGAAACUUACUGACGAAGGGUCCGAGUGCUAGUGAGGAUAGUCAGGACAAUACGAAUAAUGAUUCGGAGAAUCCAAACAAGCAUCGGAUAUUGAAGAUUCUGUUGAAUCAACAGGACGAAGAUGAUUAUCAUUCUGAACAUAAAGUGCGUACGAGUCCUAGCAACAUGCCAAAGUCGAGCAUGGAGCACCCUAAACCGUCGGUUGGUAACAACAUGUUACUACAAUUAUUGAACGAGAAAAAUGACGACGAGAACGAGGAGACACGUGCUGGGUUAAAGACUAGAAAUGAACUUCUGCAACAGUUGAUGAAGGACGGGGACGAAGAAAGAAAGUUACCGGAACAGAAACGAGAAGGUGAUUCUUUUCUGCGGUCUCUUGGAUUUGGAAAUACCCCGCCGUCUCCGUCACAAUCUGGUGAUCAUAUAAGUCUCGGGAGCACGACGCAGGUAGGCCAAAAGAGACCAGGAGAGGAUAGCGAUUUGAAUGUAGUCGUGAAACGAUCUGUGGAUGGCUCGCAUCAAGUGUCUUCUUCGGGGAUGGGCACUGCGAGUAACGCAACGAGCAAGCUAUGGGAGAAGAACAAAAUGUUGGCAUCCUUACUGGCAAAACAGCCACCACAGCCAACAAAUAUCCCACCGAUUCCUGCAUCUGUGAUAUCAGCAACGCCACAGGACAAGCUGCCUCGUUUAAAACAACAGCAGCAGCAGCAACAGCAGCAGCAGCAACAACAACAGCAGCAGCAACAGCAACCACCACAACAACAGCAGCCACCGCAGCCACAACAGCCUUGGACUGGUGGCAGUAUGCAAGUUGGUGGUAAUAAUGCGAUUACGACGACUGCGACGUCGGCGCGUCCUCUCCAAAGCCAGUUGAGACAACUACCUCGUCAAGCAGCAACCAAUAUCUACCUCAGUCAUAUGCUAAGUCAGCAACAAAGGCCCCAUAUGGGAUCAAUCGAGUCCGAGUUUGCGGGCAGCGGAGAAUAUUGUCAGACUAGUAACGAUCCAACGAGUUGUGUCAAUCAGUCAUCCGAUCCGGAUCUCUCGGAAAUUUUGGAUCAAGUUAUUGAGUUUGUUCCAGAUGAAGCUAUCACAGCAACAAUCAAUUUUCUCCGGGGAGCAAUAUUGCAGGCGAGUACGUGUGACAGCGAAACUAAUCUUCUAGAUGCUAUGGAAGCGCCACAAAACGAGACGAUGGCAAUUAGUCUUAUACAAAAGUCGUUGAUGUUGUGCGAAAAAGCCGUGAAUUCGACGUCUUCCACCAUAACUAUGCCUGUCACGCCUCCAGCUUAUUCUACUGCGUUGGGAACCACACUUGUGACAACUACUCACAGUUACCAGCCACCUCCUAUAUACCAACAGCCUAGAAUGAGGUUCAAUACCCAACAAGGUGUUAGGCAAACCGGUCAAUUUACACAGUUACAGUUGCAACAACAACGUUCUAAACUUAUGCAACAACAACAACAACAACAACAGCAACAGCAGCAGAAGCAACGAUUAUUGCAGCAGCAGCAACAACAGCAGCUGCUUAUCCCUUCGAAUGCCACUGCGACAGACCAAAUUAGUAGUGGCAUUCAUAACAUCGACAACCUUUUAAACAAUACUGUUGCGCCACCGAAUGUGUCAUUACAGCGAUCGAGUGUCCCAGAUUCACAAGUCUCUCCAGGCUAUGGGGGAUCCGUCCAAAUGGCUUCUGGUCACCGACUCGCUCACUCAUAUUCUCAUCCAUCGACGAUACCACAGCACCAUAUUGUGAAUAACAACUUUAAUAGUGGUCAACAAGUGUCUGCCGCUGCGAGGCUUUCGCCACAUUCUCCUGCAGGUAUCCUGUCGUUUUCUCACCCGCAACCAUUAUCGCCACGGGUGGCACAAGGCAAUUACGGCAACACACCGAGAUUAUUCAACGUGAACCAGGUGAGGCCACAGCAGCAGGUCACGACGCAGCAACAAUUGCAACAGCAACAGCAACAACGAUCGAUGCCCUCACCGGGGACAGCAGCUUCUGCUCGGCAAUCCCCAUUUCCUGCAGAAGCAUUUCCUCCACCGACGUCGCCUACAGCCAGCCAGUUUCCACCGGGUCCCAAUACCGGUGCGCCAAAUUCGUCGGCUCAGUAUCGGCUGCAACGGACAACAUCUACGCCUUCUUCUACGACGCAAUUGCCAGGUGGGAUCGGUUCGCCUCGGCACUACGGCGGCGUGAGUAAGGAACAACCUCUUCUUUCACCUAGUCAUUCACACUCGGCUUGCCCGGCAACACCUACUCAUAAUCAACAUAACGCCACCAAUACACAACACUUCUCGAGCCAACAACAUACCCCCAUGUUAUACCAACACACCAACGCCAACACUAUCAACACGGCAGACAUGCAGAACAGUCAGUUCUGUUACGAUCGGUCGUCAGUACCGCUCUAUCCGCCUGGCGGGGAGGCGCAAGAUGCCAGGUCACUGCCUUCUGGUAAUCCCGUCAAUCACCAAAUGGGUGGUAAUGCCAGUACGUCGGAAUUUGUGCGGCAAGAACUGAGGGCGAUUGUCGGCGCACGAACGCAACAACAGCAGCAACAGCAGCAACAGAGAGUGCCCAACAAUCUACAGAAUAAUCUUUCUGGUCAAGUUUCUCAGGAUGAUCUUGAAGCACUUGGUCUGACGUUCGAGAUGCCUUCUGCAGGUGAGGCUGUGGUUAGCGAUGGCCCCGCCAAGAUCUGGGGGAGCGCCGGAAGUGCCCCCUCGUCCUCCAGGAUUACUAUGGAGGAGGCCCGAGGUGAUCCAACGAAAUCGUCGUCGUUGCUGCAGAAGCUACUAUCCGAGUGACUACAGGCCACCAUCCCAUCAUGCAGUAAAGAGUUAUAUGUAAUAUAUUUUUGAGUGUGUGAGAAGCGGAAUGCAGAUACAGGACGUAAAAACGUGGAGUAAAGUAAAAAAUGCGAGAGAGAAAGAGAGAGAAAUGCACGAGAAAAUAAAAAAAGAGAGUUAUAAAAUGCAUAUAAACUUAUACGUAAUGGAUACUAUUGUAUUAUAUGUAACGUCACACAUGGAGUCAGUAUUCAUAUACGUAUCACCAAAUACAAUGCAAAACUAGCGCGCGGUGCUCUCUAGAAUGUUGCCCGUCAGCCGAAGAAAAGGGACGAGCGAGAUCGGGAGAGAGAAAGAGAGUGAGAGAUAGAAAGAUAGAAAAAAAAGGAGAAUAAAGAACUUGUUCCCUCUUUUCUCUUACUUUUCGAACUCGGAGGACCAAAAGUUUCCGUUUCCGUUUGGCUGUGUCAAGAUUUCCUGGCCGAGCACGCGGCUCGUCGGGAAUAUCGAGGUCGCGACGUUUCCAUCGCUCUUCUUUUUUUCUUUCUUUUUCCUUUUUCGCUUUGUUGAGGAAAAUCUUCCUUUCAUCGAGCUCUCUCGACCCUGCUUUGGUUGACCGGAGAUAUAUGUCGUAUCGUAUAUUGAGAUAACGCUGUGACGAUCACAGGCAUACGAUGAACCCACAUCCGCAUUUUACCUGUCGAUACGUGUGUACUUGUGUUAAUGCUUGCGUGUGCAUGCGUGUGCGUUGUGUGCAUGUGUGUGAGUGUGUGAGUGUGUAUCGCGUUCUCCGUCAGUAUUGUAUUUGGUAUAUCACAAGGGUGGAAAAAAGAGGAGAGGAAACUACAUAUAGGUACCUCAAAAAAGGUAUACUUUACUAUACCACUGGCUGUUGAAGAUAGAUAAUAUUUAUAGGAUUUAAUUAUUCUAUACACAGA